AUGGCAUGCACGCGUAGGAGCCUCAGUGUGAUUGAGCAGCUCUUGGCUCACGGUGCAGAUCCACAGCUGAAGAAUAAGGAUGGCUGGAGCCCCUUCCAUAUGGCCUGCAGAGAGGGAAGUGUGGAGGUGGUACUGCUGCUGCUGAGCCACUCUGCACAGCUGUGGAGGACGGAGAGCAGGACGCAGCGCACACCCCUGCACACGGCUGCGAUGCAUGGCUGUGAGGAGGUGGUCCGGGUUCUGCUGGAGAGAUGCGACUACGGCCCAGACCAGGCAGACAGCUGUGGGGUCACUCCGCUCAUGGACGCUCUAAGGACUGGACACGUCUCUGUGGCCAGACUGCUGUUGGAGAAACAGCAGGCCUGCCCUACUGCCAUAGACCGACUGGGAGCUCAGCCUCUGCACAUGGCCGCAGUGACAGGACAGAAUCAGGCGCUGAUAUUUUUAGUCAAGGACCUGGGAGUGAACGUGGACCAGAGCGCCACCUGCCUGCAGCUCACCGCAUUACACUACGCUGCCAAGGAAGGCCACGUCUCCACUCUUCUCACGCUGAACGACUUAGGAGCCUGUCUCCACAUACAAGAUGUCAAAGGGAGAACUGCUCUCCACAUGGCUUCCAUCGGUCAACACUCUGAAGCAGUUUCCACUCUCCUUAGUUUGGGCCUGAAAAACUCUCCAGAUUCAUCCGGAAUCACUCCGCAGCAGAUGGCAAAGAAACCGGCUGUGAUGCAGGCUUUUCAAACCAAGGAGAUACCAUAA